GGUUUAGCAGCCUUAAAUGUGGACAUGCCGACGGGCGGGACCACGCCUCGUGCAACGUCGCCAUCCAAAGAAAAAACGGUCCAGUUCGAUCUACCCCCAUCUGCUGAUACCACUCCCGACGCGGUGAAUCCGCGGAAGCGACGCGGCGCCAACGACAGCGAUUACGACGAGUCCGCUACCGAGACGGGAUACCGACACCGCAGCGAUGACGCACAGGCAAAACGGACGCGGUCUCGGUCGCCUGCUUCGGACUCGGAUGAGACAGUCGAUCUGCCGCCAAGGUUCGACUCGGAUGGCCAACGGAAGCCUGAGGGUGGUGAAGAUUCGUUUGGGGACUUACUAUCGGGCAGAGGAAGGGCAGGUAAGGUAUUUCAUAGGUUAACGGAGAAUCUGCUAAUGGGAGGGAAUUCCCAUUCCGGCUCACGACGACGAUGAUGAUGACUUUCACGGCGAUCCGGAUGUGUUUACGUUGUUUACCAAUAUACGGAAUAAUAUUUUCUUGCUUUUCCUUUUCCUCUAAAGAUCUUGUACAUGACCCUGUGUUCAGGCAUGGAUGUACCGGUCGAUGGCGAUGAUAAUAAUACCAUAUCUUCAGUUUGGGGUACAUACCUAAUAUUUUCACACACCUGGGGUACCUAGAGCCCUUCACCUGCCAUGUUUCCGCGCUCUGCAGGACCAGAGCAGCUGCUCAUCUGUGUCCAGAAUGGCCUGGCUUCAUUAUGGCUAUCACGGCAUUUCGAUAGCAGGCAGCAGGUGAUGAGUCACGCAGCACCAGAUACUGUAUUAACCGUAUGGCGUAUGC